GUCUAGUUUGCUUCUUUCUUCAGAUAUCUCUUUGAGCCAACAAUUUGGGACUAAGAAUAACAGUGUCUAUGUCACAAAAUCCUGGAUGACCGUUAAAGAGCCAAUUGGUGUAUGGAGUGACGAUAUUUUUACAGUUCAUGGUAUAUUGGAGCAUUUAAAUGUGACAAAGGACUAUUCUGAUUAUCUAUGGUAUAUAUCCAGUGAAGGCACUGUGAUAGGCCGUUGGGUGAAGGUUUUCCAGCCUGUACAUUUUGUCAAAGGAUAUAAUGAUCUAGUGUUCUUAUCUCAAACAGUUGGCCUGCAGAAUUAUGGUGCAUUCUUGGAGAAAGACGGAGCAGGGUUUAGAGGGCAAGUUAAACUUACUGGAUUUCAAAAUGGGGAUAUAGACCUCUCAAAGUCUUUAUGGACCUACCAGGUUGGGCUCAAGGGAGAAUUCUUGAAGAUAUAUGCUGCAGAAGAAAAUGAAAAGGCAGGGUGGACUGAUUUAACUCCAGAUGCUGAUCCAUCGAUAUUAAGAGAGUCGCCAUCUAUUUCAGUUCGGUUGUCACAAGAUGAUUCUUAGUUUAUUUACAUUAAUUUACUAAGGAAUGAACUUUAUGAAGUUUUUUUUAUUUUGGUAGGGGUAACCUUAAAAUGAUAACUUUAUGAUUUAUUUUAGUAUUGAAAAUUAUAAAGAAUUUUAGCAUUAAACAUUUU